CCGCUCUUCAUUGGUGUCGGGCCUCUCUUUGCAAACAAGGAGGAAGGAGGGAGCCGACUAUAAAAGAGGGAUCGGUGUCUGCUGGCUGCUGGAUAUUCUCCACCGUUUCUCAGGGACGAGCCAUGAAGGUUCUGGUGCUUGCCUUGGCACUUUCUUGCCUAGUCGCCACCGUCAUGGCCGGCGGUUUUCACCACUUCGGAGGUGGCUAUGGAGGUGGCUUCGGAGGAGGCUUUGGGGGAGGCUAUGGAUAUGGUCAUGGUGGUGGAUACGGAGGCCAUGGUCACGGAGGUCAUGGCUUAGAAUCCAGUGGUUUAUUCUUUGUUAAAGGACCUGGUGGAUACGGUCACGGCUUCCACGGCCUUGAGGCCGUGAAGGGCCCGACUUACUUUGUAAGCACAGAACAAUACGUUAAGAAGAUUCACCCUGGACUCCCCAUCGUUGGCAAGCACCACCGCUAGCAUCACUGUGCGUCCCACUUUGCGAUCUUGAAAGUCAGCGUGCCCGCAUCACCUCCUGAGCGAAUCUUGUUGAGAGUAUGGAGCAUAUGGCAGAGUACUGAGGUUUCAUUAACUUUUUUGUUUGUCUUUUCAUUCUAUUGCACAAACCAAACAUCUGCAGAUUUAGUCGUCGCCAGCACCAGCUAUACCUGAAUCAUUGCUUCAUGAUCAUUGUGCGUCACAUUUGAAGACAAUUUUAUACUGUUGUAAAUAGUUUCGUUAAUAAAAGGAAACUGUUGUUAUAACAACCA